AUGUCAAAUGAAAAAGAUUCCUCAAGUUUAUUACCAUACGUAGAAGCAUACAAUGGAAUAACAGAUGAUAAUUAUAAAUCCAUAAUUGAAGCACUAGAUAUUUGUCACAGUAUAGAUGAUUUUGCAAAUAUCAAUGAACGAAUAUUCAUACAAGACCUAGCACCAAUCGGUCAAAAUACAGAAGACCCAGCAUUAAUCAAUUGUAAUAUCGAAGAUCAAGAACCAAUCGAUCGAAAUGCAGAAGAACCAACAUUAACCAAUUGCAAUAGACAAGAAUCGGAAAAUAUCGAACAGAAAUUAAGUCUAAUAACAAUCAUAACUGAUCAGGAUAUUACUUCACCACAUCUAUUCAAUGGGUUUUCCUGUCUCAGUGAUGAGGCAAACAGCACCAUUACAACUAGUUUUAAUGUAUUCGAAUGUGUUAAAAUGAAACCGUCUGAGAAUGGUCAUUUGCCUGAUGAUAUACUCAAAUUGUUUUCUGAUCGAAGUAAACAAGAAGUAGGCAAUAUUAUGAAAAAAGUUCAAGACGAAAUCGACAAGAUUUGGGCAAAAAUAGAUAAACAAUAUGAGAAAUGUGUGAUGACAAAAAGUAUAAUUUCAAAGAUAGAAAAAGAUUUCCCAAAAGCACUUAAAGCGUAUUUGCUCAAAGAAUUUGGUACACAAGUAGAUUUGGUAAAUGAUGCACGAUUGAUGUUAGAACAAUUAUCUUUUGGUGGAAUUUUCUGCAAUACGAAAAAUGAGUUAAAUUCUGAUUGA